CAGCAGCUGGGUUUGGCAGCAUGGCGAGCGAGCUCAGUGAUGAGUCCAGUGAGACGGAGAUGCUGAGCCGCAGUCUGUCCAUCUGGUACGGGGAGCCGUUGGAUGGACAAGAGUUGCCUUUGGAUCUUCACACAGCGGCUUCUAUAGGACAGUAUGAGAUUGUUCAGCAUUGUGUGCGAAGAAGGGAUGUGGACCUGAACCAGCAGAACCUGGGCGGCUGGACACCACUCAUGUACGCCUCUUACAUUGGUCACGAUGCUGUGGUGAGCCUCCUCCUGGAAGCUGGGGUAGAUGUCAACUGCAGGACCCCCAUAGGACAGACCCCUCUGAUGCUAGCGGCUAGCUGUGGAAAUGAGAAGGUGGCCCAUUGUCUGAUACAGCAAGGAGCUGAGAUGGAGAUUAGGGACGCUCGCAGCUGGACAGCUCUGUUUCACUGCACCAGCGCCGGGCACCAGCGGAUGCUGCGAUUCCUACUGGAGAAUGGGGCCAAUGCAGAUCUCAAGGAGCCGGUAUAUGGGUUUACUCCUCUCAUGGAGGCUGCAGCCUCAGGACAUGAGAUCAUAGUGCAACAUCUACUGAACCAUGGGGUGAAGGUGAUGGAGGUGGACCAUAACGGAGAUACAGCUCGAAUGCUGGCAGCAAGAUAUGGCCAUUCCAGGAUAGUGUCACUACUGGACUCCUAUCGCAUCCGAGGGUCCCGAACCCAAAGCAAGGGAUCUGGCCAUCAGGAAGAUCUUAGUUCAUCGGAUGAGUCGUCUUCCACCCCCCACCGGGUGAGACCGCAGAGGAAGACCAAAGGUCCUAGCAUUCAUGACGGCCCCCAAGCCUUGGCAAAGAUAACUGGUGGUGGAGGUGCGCACAACCGGCCUGGAUAUGCACCAGGCCCUCCUCAGGGAUAUGUCACUUUUAAUGAACUAGAUUAUGAGGCGGCGGGGUCUGACAAUUUGCGAUAUCGGGAUGUCACUUCCCCCAUCAAUGACGGUGAUGUAGAGAGCAACGGGAGCAGCAGCAAAGAAGAAGGUGGCGGUAGAGCUCGGAGCAGCAGCAGUGAAGGUGUGUCUCUGAACACUGGUGUAAGUGGCGAGGCCUCACUGGAGAGCAAUGAGGACUCUGACUCGGCUGUGGAAACCUCCAGCAGGAAGCAUGGCAAAACGCACUCCAAAGGUAGACAGCGCAAUGGAGAUGCCCACACCACCCCUGGGCCCUCUAACUCGCUGCCAGAUCCAGAUAUUCCUCACUACACGGGGCCUAAGGACCUGGCAGAGCUGCUCGAGCAGAUUGGCUGUUCCAAGUACCUUUCUGUAUUCCAGGAUCAAGAUGUGAAUCUGCGGAUCUUCCUCACCCUCACUGAGCCGGACCUGAAGGAAGUGGGCAUCACCUUGUUUGGACCAAAGAGAAAGAUGACAUCUGCUAUUGCUCGCUGGCACAGUUCUGCCCGUCCUCCAGGGGAUGCCUUGGAACAGGCCUAUGCUGAUCGUCUGGAAGCGGAGAUGCAAGAGUUGGCCAUACAGCUCCACAAGAAGUGUGAAGAGACCGAGCUCUUGAAAGGACAAGUUGACCAGGAGAGGGAACUCCGAGCUGUGGCUGAGAGCUGCCUCAUGGAGCAGGAGACCAAAUGGAGGACUGUUCACUGCCAGAUGGAAGCCACGUGUAACCUGGCCACAGAGGCUCAGAGGGCAGUCACUCAGCUCAGGAAUUGCCAGGAAGAGCUCUCUCAUCACCUGGGCAAAGCAAACGCAGUAAGAACAAGGACAACUCCCUCCAGGCCAGCAGGACCUCAUGCUGGAAAUGCAAUCCCAUUGAAGUCUAUGAGCAUGCUGGAGCUGUCAUCCUCCCUAGAGGAAAGCACUGCCGUACUGGAAAAGGCAGUCCAAGCAGUACAGGAAAACCUAGAAAAGCUGAGAUCAUCCGAUAAAGGACGACACAAAUGGCCAGACCCCUGAGCAAGGAGGAGCCUUUCUUACUGUACCUCAGACGAUGGGUGAUGCUUUCCACCCCGAAGAUGACAGACCCCAGGGCAUGGUGCCCACCUCUGCUCUCCUCCGCUUAGUGAGCCAGCCGGGCACUUCUUGGUCCCUGGGUUGGCGGUGACAGUGGCAGACUGCAACUCACGGUGAAGUUCUACUGAAAUGUAUGGAAGAAGACGCAGCAGGCCACAAUC